AUGCCUAUGGCCUCCUGGGAUGACAAGUCCCUCAACAACUUGCAAGUGAGGUUGAACUUGUUAUGUGGCUUGCAUGGAAAAGAUGCUUCUCCCAUUAAUAGCUUUGAGUGCAAGCUUGAUGAGGAGAUCAUCUUGGUAAGGCAGAAAAUCGAGAGUCUCAGAGGCUGGCCAGUUGAUCCUGAUGGCAACCCCUUCCCAACCCAAACCUCUCCCACCUCCAGUUACCUGUCAACCCCUCCAGCCUUGCCUCUUGGUGCCCCACAUUCUCUCCCUCCUCUGACUCCUGACAGCUCCCCUCUCACUAAACGUUCUUCCUGUGCUCAUUACAACUCAGUGUCCUCAGUUGACAAGGAAGAUAUUGAGAAUCUGAAGAAGCACAUCUGUGAGCUUGAGAAAGAAAGACCCUGCCACAAGAAGAAGAAGAACUUACCUUUGGUGACUGACCUGAAGGAUGACAAGCUGGACAAGUCUGACCUCAAGUUGAAAAAACACCUACAGGAUGAGCUCCAGGAGUUCUUGUACAGCAAGGUUGGCUAUGUCAAAGAUGGGAUCAUGCCAAGCAAGAAUGGACCUCAGGUGGAAGGCACCCCAAAGAUCCCUGACUUUGACAAGAGCCUCCAUUAUCAUGAUAAUGUGCUGAUUUGCAACAGUGCAGUACAGCUGCUCAUGGACCAGGAGGAGGGUCCAACUGCUUUCUGCCAGGAGGAGUUCUACUGUAAUUGCUGGAUCAUUGUGCCUGUGCUCAACAAGCUGGCUCAUCAAGCUUGGUGGAACAUGAAGGCAAUCUAUUCCAAGCAGGAAGUGGCCAAGAUUGAUGGAGGGGUCAAGGAGGCAGCACUCAAGAGGGCUGGUUGGCAGUAUGAAUGGUGCAGAAAUACAGGAAUGUUAUCCCAAGCUGAGCAGGAAGAUCCCAAUCUUGACAUAUACAAAGUGUGCUGCCCAGAAUGGAUGAAUCAAAAGUACUGGGAAUGGGAAAAGCUCCUGCUUCACAAGAAGAUCUUGCGCAGGGAGACCAAGCACAUUGAUCUGGGUUGA